ACUGAUAAAAGUAUUCAGAGUUCAGACUCCAUGUUGGUGGACGGAGCAGCAGAGACCAGAUUCAAAGGUCGGUGUUCCUGGUUCAUGUCUCUGAAUGACUGAAGUCCAGAAGAUGGAGGAUUGUGUGGAGAAAGAGGAGGAGAGACCAGAGUCUCCAGGAUCCAUCAGUGUCUCUAUGAAGAGUGACCGGUCCAAUGAAGAACCUCCGUACUUCAGUAAAGAACCUGGACCUUCAGACACAAAAGGUCGGUACUGCAGUCAGAGACCAGAGUCUCCAGGAUCCAUCUGUCUGUCCCUGAAGAGUGACUGGUCCAUGGGAAAACCUGCAAACUUCAGUAAAGAACCUGGACCUUCAGACCCAAGACGGAGCUCAGACCAGUCGGCUUCAUCGAAAUAUCUGGGACAUGGAAUAAGAUCCAGAGGAAGCUCUUCACAAGCAGAUGCUGGUCUGCAGCAGGUCCUAGAUGAACAUAAGACCAGUCUGAGGAGCAGAUGUGAACAUGUGACUGAAGGAACUGAUGAACCAGGAAGUAGAACCCCCCUCAACAGGAUCUACACGGAGCUCUUCAUCACAGAGGGACUGAGUGAAGAGGUUGAUACCCAACAUGAGGUGAGGCAGCUGGAGACAGCUUCCAGGAUGAAGAGCCUCCAUGACGCUCCAAUCAGGUGCCAGGACAUCUUUAAAGCCUUACCUGACCAACGUGGAGCCAUCAGAGUGGUUCUGACCAACGGCGUCGCUGGCGCUGGGAAAACCUUCUCGGUUCAGAAGUUCUCUCUGGACUGGGCCGAGGGCUCGGAGAACCAAGACGUCACCGUGGUGAUUCUGCUCUCGUUCAGGGAGCUGCACCUGAUCGGAGAUGAGCAGCUCAGUCUUCUCAGGCUGAUCCAGGUUUUCCAUCCAUCGUUGCAGAAGCUCACAGCAGAGCAGCUGGCUGCCGGGAAACCGUUGUUCAUCUUUGACGGCCUGGAUGAAAGCAGACGUUCCCUGGACUUCAACAACGGUCCGGUCGUGUCUGACGUCACACAGAGCUCCUCGGUCAACGUGCUGCUGACCAACCUCAUCCAGGGGAACCUGCUUCCCUCAGCUCUCAUCUGGAUCACUUCCAGACCUGCAGCAGCCAAUCAGAUCCCUCACAAACACGUGGACAGGCUGACAGAAGUACGAGGCUUCACCGACGGCCAGAAGGAGGAAUACUUCAGGAGGAGGUUCGGGGAUGAAGAGCGGUCCAGCAGCAUCGUCUCCCACAUGAAGACAUCCAGAACCCUCCACAUCAUGUGUCAACUCCCGGUCUUCUGCUGGAUCACUGCUACAGUUCUGGACCACAUGUUGACCACAGAGCAGAGAGGAGAGCUGCCCCAGACCCUGACUGACAUGUUCUCCCACUUCCUGCUGGUCCAGACCAAGAGGAAGAGGAACAAGUACCAGGAGGGACAUGAGACGAGUCCACAGGAGCUGACGGAGGCUGACAGGGACCUUCUCCUGAAGCUGGGGAGGCUGGCGUUUGAACAUCUGGAGAAAGGAAACAUCAUGUUCUACCAAGAAGACCUGGAGCAGUGUGGUCUUGAUGUCCCAGAGGCCUCGGUGUACUCAGGAGUUUGUACCCAGAUCUUCAGGAGAGAGUGUGAGGUCUUCCAGAAACCCGUCUACUGCUUUGUUCAUCUGAGCAUCCAGGAGUUCCUGGCUGCAGUCUACGUGCUCCACUGUUGGUCCACCAGGAACAAACGUGUGCUGAAGAACUUCCUGGGAGAAGACUACUACAGAUACUUAUCUCUGGAUAACUUCCUGAAGAGAGUCAUGUGGAAAUCCCUGGAGAGUGAAAAUGGCCACCUGGACCUGUUUGUCCGCUUCCUUCAUGGUCUUUGUGUGGAGUCCAACCAGAGACUGUUAGGAGGUCUGCUGAACCAGACGGAGAACGAUCCAGAAACCAUCCAGAGAGUCAUCAACAACCUGAAGGAGAUGAACACUGACAGAAUCUCUCCUGACAGAAGCAUCAACAUGUUCCAGUGUCUGAUGGAGAUGAACGACCUCUCAGUUCAUCGGCAGAUCCAAGAGUUCCUGAAGUCAGAGAACAGAUCAAGGGAGUACCUCUCUGAGAUCCAGUGUUCAGCUCUGGCCUACAUGCUGCAGAUGUCGGAGGAGGUUCUGGAUGAGUUGGUCCUGAGCAAGUACAAGACAACACCAGGGGGUCGAUGGAGACUGAUUCCAGCUGUGAGGAACUGCAGAAAGGCUCGAUUUGUUAAUUGUCUGCUCUCAGAGAUUGAAUGUGAAGUUGUUGCGUCCGCUCUGAAUUCCAACCCUUCCCAUCUGACUGAACUGGACCUGAGUUGGAACCGGAGCCUGCAGGAUUCAGGAGUGAAGGUUCUGUCUGGUGGACUGGAGAGUCCAAACUGUAGACUGGAGGCUCUGGGGUUGUGGGGCUGCGGUCUGUCAGAGAUCAGCUGCUCUUCUCUGGUCUCAGCUCUGAAGUCCAACCCCUCCCAUCUGAAACAUCUGGACCUGGGUGGGAACGAGAACCUGCAGGAUUCAGGAGUGAAACAUCUGUGUGGAUUUCUGGAGAGUCCAGACUGCAGACUGGAGACUCUGAGAUUGUGGAGGUGCAGUCUGUCAAAGAUCAGCUGUUCUUCUCUGGUCUCAGCUCUGAAGUCCAACCCCUCCCAUCUGAAACAUCUGGAGCUGUGUAACAACAACCUGAAGGCUGCAGAUGUGAAGCAGCUUUCUGAUCUGGUGAAGAGUCCAGACUACCAGCUGAAGACUAUCAGCUGGAGAUGAUGAGAGAGUCCAGGACGGAUGAGUCGUGUCCUGAUCGUCCUCAGAGUUGAAGCAUAACCAGUUUGUGUGGACAGACUGGACCGUGAUGAUGAUGAUGAUGAUGAUGAUGAUGAUGAUGAUGAUGAUGAUGAUGCAGAUGAUGAUGUGCAUAGUUUCUGAAUUCCAGCGUUCUACAAACUUCUCAUAUAUUCAUUUAUUUCAUGUUAGGUCAAAACGUCUUUAUUGUUAUUAUAUUAAUGUUAAAAAACAAUACAUCAAAAUGUAGCCUUUAAUUUGAACUUGAGUUUCAUUCCUUAUGAGUGGAGUCGGAUUAUGGAGGAUCGGUGUCUUCGUAAGUGGCUAGUGAGUGCACUAUGAGAGGAUAGUUGUGAGU